AUGCUCCUCUCAGCAAUUACUCCCCAAACCCCAACCCCGCUCACCAACCCCAACGAUCACUACAACUUCCAUCUCCUCUUCUUCCACCACCACCACCACUUUCACAAACCACCCCACACCACUCUCUGCAAUGUCACUACACACACUUCUACUCUCAACAAACCAGAACCACCACCUCUCACUCUUCUCACCACCGCCAGCUCCAAUUAUAGUUCUUCGCUGCGUCACGUGAGUACCACGUCCGACUCCGAUUACUUCGAGGAUGGAGGAGGAGGAGGAGAGGCUGAGGUAUCUUCGUCUUCGGCCUCCGCGGCAGCGGUCGCGGAGGCAAUACGUAAGGCGUCGAGUUCUCCGGUUGAGUUUGCGCAGAGGAUGGAGAAGGAUGGGAAGCUUAGUGAAGGAUUGAUACUUCCGAGUCCGGACUUUCAGAGGCUUUGUCUCGAGCAGUUGGACCUCUUUCGCCGAAUUGUCAAUCCCGAUGCUCUUCUUUCGGUCUAUGUGAGACCAGCUGGUAGUUAUGUUAUGGAUCGUUUAGAGUUGCGUCGAAUUACCUACUAUCCAGGUGUGAAUGCAGCUGAUAUUGUGAUAUUGAUCGGUAAUUUUAGUGUUCCCACAGGGUUAAGAGCAGCAGAAGCUGCGCUUUCGAAUCAGCAGGCAGAAUUUAUUCCGGAGUGCAGAGCUGUGGUUUUCCCUCUAGUGAAACAUCCAUUUGUAGUGGGGUUUUUGGUUGCUGAGCUUCCAGAAAUGGAAUUGGAAGGAGAAGGGCAUGAUGUUAAACAAUGCCCAUUCCCCAACGCUUUUCCCCCGUGUACAAAUUCAAAAUCGUGGGAAAUCCAAACUUCCACUGAAAGCCCAGUGGAAAUGUACAAGUUUACUGCUGAACAGAGAUUAACUGCUAUUAAUAUUUCUCGCUCCCUUGCAAUGGCAUAUGUUAUGGAUCAGAAAGCAAUGCUACUCCAGCAAUCAUCUUGGCAAAAUAAUGUCAGAAUGAGUAAUUUGGUUGAGCAAAUUCGUGGCCCUCUUUCUAGCAUUCGAACUUUAAGUAAAAUGUUGUCUAUGCACAUGAAAAAGAGUGAGGUCUCUCAUGAUAUUGUUGAGGAUAUUUUGGUGCAAGGUGAUCGUAUUAGAGACACUCUUCAACAACUCCAGGAUGCCGUUUACCUGACUAAGGCCAAUAUAAUACAAUAUAAUGAAGAAACAUUGAAGAAAAUGCAUCACUCAAACAUUGCCCAUCCUGAGUCAACGAGGUCUCAAUUAUCCGAUAACUUCUCUGGGGAGAUUCCUCUUAGUAAGAUUGAAGAAUCUGGUGGACUUCAAUUUUCUCUGACAUCAACAUCCAAAGAUUUAGAAAUGCCCAUGCCACCUCUGGCUCUUGCACCUAUACAACAACAGGGCAUCAGGUUGGUUUUUGCCAUGCAUUGA